CCAUACACCCUCCAACUUGCCUUUACCCAAAAUAAAGCCUUAAAAUCUUCUUUUCCCUGAAUAAAUCAUAUCCCCUCCUUCCAAGCGACUUCCAUAUAUAGUUCUCAUCCCCUUCAUAUAUAAGAGCACCCCACUCAAGAGUCCUUUCCACAUUAGAUCUCUCUCUUGAUUUUCGUAUGUUCUUUUAAUUUUAAUGGGUAUUCGGGAAGAAGACAGUGUUUUGGCCGGAGAUGGGAUUCAGAUUCGGGAAGUUUGGGCGGAGAACCUCGAAUCCGAAUUCGAUCUCAUCGGACGAAUCGUCGAUAGCUACCCGUAUGUAUCCAUGGACACCGAGUUUCCCGGGGUUGUGUUUAAGCCUGAGAAUCUGCCGUCGCGUCGCCGGCGUGGACUUCCGUCGGAUUCCGAUCGGUGUGCAGAUCAGUACCGGUUACUGAAGUACAACGUGGACGCGCUGAAUCUCAUCCAGCUCGGGCUGACUCUUUCAGACGCCGGCGGGAACCUCCCGGUGCUCGGAUCCGGUGGUCAGCGGUGCAUCUGGCAGUUCAAUUUCUGUGAUUUCGACGUGGGGCGUGACGUACACGCUCCGGACUCUGUCGAGCUGCUCCGCCGUCAGGGGAUCGACUUCGAGAUGAACCGGGACCGCGGGGUUGACUCGGCCCGGUUCGCCGAGCUGAUGAUGUCGUCCGGCCUGGUCUGCAACGAGUCGGUCAGCUGGGUGACUUUCCACAGCGCGUACGACUUCGGGUACCUGCUGAAGAUCCUCACGCGCCGCUCCUUGCCGGCCGGCCUUGAGGACUUCUUGAGUGCUCUGAGAAUAUUCUUCGGCAGUAUGGUUUAUGACGUCAAGCAUCUCAUGAAGUUCUGCCAGAGCCUACACGGCGGUCUAGACCGGUUGGCCAGAAUACUGGAGGUGGACCGGGCCGUCGGGAAGUGUCAUCAGGCCGGUUCUGAUAGCCUGCUGACGUGGCACGCGUUCCAGAGGAUGAGGGAUUUGUACUUUGUAAAUGAAGGACCGGAAAAACAUGCCGGAGUGUUGUACGGACUAGAGGUUUUUUAGGCCGAGAAUUUAUUUUAAUUUUCUCUAGUAAAUAAAAUAAAAUUAAUUUAAUUAUUUUUUAUUUCGUAAUUACUUAGUGUAAUUAGGGAGUGUUUGGCCUGAUGUAGAAUACAAUUGUGAUUCGUUACGUGUUUAUGACUUUAUGCCAGCGUUUGUCAAAGCCAAUCUGUGUGGCUUUAUUUAUUCCUUACAUGAGAAUCUAAUACUGCUAUUUUAAUGAAUUAAAUCACUUCUU